UAAUAAACCCUUUAUUCAAUUUUAACUCCGGAUACAUUGCAGAAUAAUACUAUAUAUACAGAACAGACGGCUGCUCCACUGUAUUAUUUCCCUUGAACACACAGACACAGAGUGAGCAUGUCUGGUGGAAUCGCUCGCGGUCGUCUUGCCGAGGAACGCAAAUCGUGGCGGAAGAAUCACCCUCAUGGUUUUGUUGCAAAGCCAGAGGCACUCCCUGAUGGUUCCAUGAAUUUGAUGGUCUGGCACUGCACUAUUCCUGGCAAGCCCGGGACUGACUGGGAGGGUGGUUUCUAUCCUCUUACUCUCCUAUUUAGUGAAGAUUACCCCAGCAAACCUCCGAAAUGUAAAUUUCCCCAGGGAUUUUUUCAUCCUAAUGUGUAUCCAUCUGGAACUGUAUGCUUAUCAAUCCUCAAUGAAGACAGUGGAUGGAGACCUGCUAUUACCGUGAAGCAGAUUUUGGUUGGAAUUCAAGAUUUGUUGGACCAACCCAAUCCUGCAGAUCCUGCGCAGACUGAAGGAUAUCAUCUAUUUAUUCAGGAUACUGUGGAGUACAAAAAAAGGGUUCGCCAGCAAGCUAAACAGUAUCCACCCAUCGUCUAAUCCUUGAACAUGGUUCUGUGCUUGUUGAUGGUUGAUUGUGUGCAAAGGAUGUAGCUGAUGGAAUUACUUUCAAGUUCAGAUGUGAAUUUAUUAUGUCUAUAUGUGACUAGUGCUGGUCUAAUUUUGAACGAUUGAAGUAAUAGUGUGAGCCUUAUCAAUUUCAAAUUAAAUUGUUUUUGGUGGAUUUAAUCCUGUAGGCUUUACUUCAAUUCCAUAACUUGUGGAAGCUGAUAAACUUUUAUUGCUAUCAAGAUUGUGUAGUAGCUCUCAUACUUUCCUUUUCA